CAGUAGGUUGGGACAGUUGGAAGCCAGCCACCGUACAUCAUGUUGCGAGUAAGUCUCUCACCCACCUUUUCCCUGGGAUUUCAUCUGUUGGCCAUCAUGGCUGUCUUAUUUUCCCAUGUGGACCACAUAAGUGCUGAGGCAGAGAUGGAAGGAGAAGGCAAUGAAACUGGUGAGUGUACCGGCUCAUAUUACUGUAAGAAAGGGGUGAUUUUACCCAUUUGGGAGCCCCAAGACCCUUCCUUUGGGGACAAAAUUGCUAGAGCUACUGUGUAUUUUGUGGCCAUGGUCUACAUGUUUCUCGGAGUCUCUAUCAUUGCCGACCGGUUCAUGUCCUCCAUAGAAGUCAUCACAUCUCAAGAGAAAGAAAUAACCAUAAAGAAGCCCAAUGGAGAGACCACCAAGACAACCGUGAGGAUCUGGAACGAGACGGUUUCCAACCUGACCUUAAUGGCCCUGGGCUCUUCUGCCCCCGAGAUUCUCCUUUCGGUGAUCGAAGUGUGUGGCCAUAACUUCACUGCGGGGGACCUGGGCCCCAGCACCAUCGUGGGAAGCGCCGCCUUCAACAUGUUCAUCAUCAUCGCCCUUUGUGUCUACGUGGUGCCCGAUGGAGAGACCAGGAAGAUCAAGCAUCUGCGCGUGUUCUUCGUGACGGCGGCCUGGAGCAUCUUUGCCUACACCUGGCUUUACCUUAUCCUGUCCGUCAUCUCCCCCGGGGUCGUGGAGGUCUGGGAAGGUCUGCUCACUUUCUUCUUCUUCCCCAUCUGCGUCGUGUUUGCCUGGGUGGCCGACAGGAGGCUUCUGUUUUACAAGUAUGUCUACAAGAGGUAUCGGGCUGGCAAGCAGAGGGGGAUGAUUAUUGAACACGAGGGGGACAGGCCGUCUUCCAAGACUGAGAUCGAGAUGGAUGGGAAAGUGGUCAAUUCCCACGUUGACAACUUCUUAGACGGCGCCCUGGUUCUGGAGGUCGAUGAGAGGGACCAGGACGACGAAGAGGCCAGGCGGGAAAUGGCCAGGAUCCUGAAGGAGCUCAAGCAGAAGCACCCAGAUAAAGAAAUAGAGCAGUUGAUAGAAUUAGCGAACUACCAGGUCCUCAGUCAGCAGCAGAAAAGCCGGGCCUUCUACCGCAUUCAGGCCACCCGCCUGAUGACCGGAGCGGGCAACAUUCUGAAGCGACACGCGGCCGACCAGGCGCGCAAGGCCGUCAGCAUGCACGAGGUGAACCCAGACAUGGCCGAGAACGACCCGGUCAGCAAGAUCUUCUUCGAACAAGGGACCUACCAGUGCCUGGAGAACUGCGGCACCGUGGCCCUGACCAUUGUCCGCAGAGGUGGCGACCUCACCAACACCGUGUGCGUCGACUUCAGAACCGAGGACGGCACGGCCAACGCGGGCUCCGAUUAUGAAUUCACCGAGGGGACCGUGGUCUUCAAGCCCGGCGAGACCCAGAAGGAGAUCCGCGUGGGCAUCAUCGACGACGACAUCUUCGAGGAGGACGAGAACUUCCUCGUGCACCUCAGCAACGUCAAGGUGUCGCCCGAGGCCUCGGAGGACGGCAUCCUGGAGGCCAACCACGUGGCCGCGCUCGCGUGCCUCGGCUCGCCCUGCACGGCCACCGUGACCAUCUUCGACGACGACCACGCGGGCAUCUUCACGUUCGAGGAGCCCGUGACUCACGUGAGCGAGAGCAUCGGCGUCAUGGAGGUGAAAGUGUUGAGAACGUCUGGAGCUCGAGGAAACGUCAUCGUCCCCUAUAAGACCCUCGAGGGCACUGCCAGAGGUGGAGGGGAGGACUUCGAGGACACCUGCGGGGAGCUCGAGUUCCAGAACGAUGAGAUUGUGAAGAUCAUUACCAUUAGAAUAUUUGACCGUGAGGAAUAUGAGAAAGAGUGCAGUUUCUCCCUUGUGCUUGAGGAACCAAAAUGGAUAAGAAGAGGAAUGAAAGCCCUGUUAUUGAAUGAGCUUGGUGGCUUCACAAUAACAGGCCAACCUGUCUUCAGGAAAGUUCACGCUAGAGAACAUCCGAUUCCCUCUACUGUAAUCACCAUUGCAGAGGAAUGUGACGACAAGCAGCCGCUGACCAGCAAAGAAGAGGAGGAGAGGCGCAUUGCAGAAAUGGGGCGCCCCAUCCUGGGAGAACACACCAAGCUGGAAGUGAUCAUCGAAGAAUCCUAUGAAUUCAAGAGCACCGUGGACAAACUUAUUAAGAAGACAAACCUAGCCCUGGUGGUUGGGACAAACAGCUGGAGAGAGCAGUUUAUUGAAGCGAUCACUGUCAGUGCUGGAGAAGAUGAUGAUGAAGACGAAUGUGGGGAGGAGAAGCUGCCCUCCUGUUUCGAUUACGUGAUGCACUUUCUGACUGUGUUCUGGAAGGUCCUCUUUGCCUUCGUGCCCCCUACUGAAUACUGGAAUGGCUGGGCGUGUUUCAUUGUCUCCAUCAUCAUGAUCGGCGUACUGACAGCUUUCAUCGGUGACCUGGCCUCCCACUUCGGCUGCACCAUUGGUCUGAAAGAUUCUGUGACUGCGGUAGUGUUCGUCGCGCUUGGAACUUCAGUACCAGACACAUUUGCAAGCAAAGUGGCCGCCACCCAGGACCAGUACGCAGACGCGUCCAUCGGCAACGUCACUGGCAGCAACGCGGUGAACGUCUUCCUGGGAAUCGGCGUGGCCUGGUCCAUUGCUGCCAUCUACCACGCGGCCAACGGGGAACAGUUCAAAGUGUCCCCUGGCACGCUAGCUUUCUCUGUCACUCUCUUCACCAUUUUUGCUUUCAUCAAUGUGGGGGUGCUGCUGUAUCGGCGGAGGCCAGAAAUCGGAGGUGAGCUGGGUGGGCCCCGGACUGCCAAGCUCCUCACGUCCUCCCUCUUUGUGCUCCUGUGGCUCUUGUACAUUUUCUUCUCCUCUCUGGAGGCCUACUGCCACAUAAAAGGCUUCUAAAGGAACAUCAGAUAGAGUAAAUUUAUAUAUAUAUACAUAUAUACAUACAGAAUUAUGUACAGUGAACAGAGGAAACUGACACUUGUCAUGUUCUCUUACCUGCUGAUGGAAUCCAGCUUCAAGAGCAUUCUUACUAGGGCUGAAGCGAGAAGCCAUCACCUCCCAUUCCCAGGGGCGUCGUCAUUGAACGAGGCGUGGAGGCAGGGCCGUCUUGGCAGCCCGGCCUAGAAGGGCUGUGUUCUCUCCAGGUUCAUAAAUCGUUAAGUCUUUGAUUUGUUUUCUGUUUUGGCUUGUUUUGGGUAGGGGUUGGGAGGUGGUUGAUGUUUGCCUUUCAUUUUGUUUUAGUUUUGUUUUGUUUCUUUUGUUGAGAAGAUGGGGGUUCUCGCUUCUCUCGUGGGAGGUGACAACCAAGCUAAAUGCAAAUGGAUUUGGGGGUAAAAAUUUAAGUCUAUAAGAUUACUCUCCCUUCCCCCAAACACUUUAAAAGUUAUUUUGGAUUAAGAAAGGAUAUGGGCACGGAAGAAGAAAGAAGCACGUCUUCACUAUGUCAGUAAACCGGAGCUCAGCUCUGGAACAAGAGCAGAGGCGAAGUGCCUCCGAGACGCCCGGGAGCUGGAAUGGAGCCAGGACAAGUGCGGGGUGCAGAUUCCGCCUGCCGUUUAAGAUACACUGCCUGGCACUCUUGUUCAACAGGUACAGGAAUAACGCGCCUAGACCCCCGGGAACACGCAAAAUCCUUUCUUUCUUCUCCCGUUAGCUCUGGAUUGUGAUUGGCAAGGCCCUCAUUCUGGGG